AUGACAUUAAUGUAAAUUGUAAAUGGAUUCAUAUCAGUUCUAGCAAACAUUGUUUUGGUUUCAAUACUUGAUUAAAAGGCGAUUUAAUAUAAAAUGAGUGAUUUAAUGGAGGAUGGUAUGGAAUUCCGUGGAGGUACACUACAGUUAUCAACAGAAAAUAACGGGGAGAACUCUGAAAGCAGAGUCCGAGGUGCGACUCAAAGUCAUAAUAAAAUCAAAACACCGAUAAGUGUUAAUCCAUCGGUGUUAUCGGGCGCUGAUUCUCUAUCAUCAUCUGCAUCCUCUUUUGCAGAUGCUCGUCAGAGUACAUCAAACAAUGAUAAUGCUGAGCAACCACAGACAGUAUAUCCGCGUUAUGAUGUACCAUUUGAUAAAGAGAAUAUCAAAGACUUUUUUACAUUCCGAAAGGGUGUUGUUGAAAAUGCUAUUCAAGAAUGUAUCACUGCUCUCUUAUUUCCUGAAGAUGGUGAAUAUUUGGGAUCAUGGCUCUUAACUGAAAUAACACUCUGGGAUAAUGAAAAAGAAAGAAUUGUGCUAAUAACAUCACGGCUUGUAAUGAUAAUCAAAUAUGAUUUUAUUGCUAUGAAACAAAUGGACUUUAGGAAAACAUAUCUUGACGAUUUGGAUACUGUGGUAAUAGGAGAACUGGUGUAUCCACCCUCAAGUCUUGUUCCUCGACUAAAUGGUAUUGCGACUGGUGUAACAACGGUUGUUAAAGACUGCGUGAUAGAUCGACUUUGCCGCCGACCAACCUCAACAGAUGAUGAAACUAAACCGUUUGAUCCCAAAUACUUUGAACCUAGAGAAAGAAACCUUCGCGGUGUUCGAAUGAUGUGGAACAAAGGAGAACCUUUGCCACUGAAGACAUUAUGGAAUCCUUUUAGUCAAGAAGUGCCAUUCAUAACCUUUGCGUCGCAUCCUAUCUAUUGGCACAGAGAAGGCAAUGUAGAAGAGAGAUCCACGUUUGACAUGGAGACAUUUGCUCAAAAACUUCAAUGGGCCAUUGAAAAUAUGCCCAGCAGCGCUUGCUGUAUACAUCAUUCACCUAUUGUGAUACAAUCGUACCUUGGAAUAGCCUCUCUUCUCCAUAAUAAGACAAGCAUGGGUUUCUUCAAAGUGAGAGGAAAGUUCAGCUUUUAGUUCAUUGGAGUCUUGAUUGUUAAAUUGGUACGCCUAUAUAAUUAGAAAUUGGUUUAGUCAUUGAAAAGUAUUCUUUAUUAGUCUUACAAUGGUACAAUAUACAUCAGUAUUGAACUUUCUUAGUACAAGUGGUCACCAUAAGAGUACCUAGUAUAUUUGGUACGAAACAUGUUUUUACUUGUUUCUGGAGUGCGCAUUAAUAUCAUAGAAAAUGCGUGUUUGUUAAAAGUACUUCCUGUUUUAGCAUUUUUAUAAUAUAUAUAUGUCGCAGAUAGUUAGAUACGAGCAUGCGCAUUUGGCCUAGCUCACUCCUGGCGCUAGUUAAAUUUACUUUUAUUACGCAUAUUUAAUGCGCGUAAUUUUGAAGGGACAUAGUAAUUUAUUAAAAAAAAUUUUAAACACGCAAUGCAAAUUUGUACCUAACAAAUAUAAAUUCAUCUGUAAAGAACAAUAUAAUAUCGCAAGCGUAGUAGCGCAUGGGUUAGUGAGUAAAUGGCACGAAAUUACGUUGAGUUACUUAUUCCUAGAGUUAAUAAUAAUAAUGAGAAAAUAAUAUGUAAUAAUUAAGAUAUGUUAUCUAAUGGAGAUUUGAAAAUUUAUAUAUUUUGCUUAAAUGCAUUUAACUUACGACUUGUUGUAGCUUGUUUGUUGAUUGUUAUUCUAGAUGUAGCAUUUAUAUCUUUGCUUUUAGAAUAUAUUUAGCAAAAAAUGUGUCAUAAUACUUUUUUCUGUAGUUAUUUAGAUAUCUAUUUUAAAAAAGUGCGUGCGUACAAAGUACACAUGUCAGAAGUGAAACUUCUUUGCCAAACUAAUUUUUAAGUCUUGUUCAUACAAAUCUAAAAC